GCCAGGAGAAGCGAAUGGCCAGUGAGUUGCACUGCGCGAGAGGUAGAACGCCUUUGAAACGUGAACUCCGCCUUCUGCGAACAACUCCUUUGCUCAUUCAAUUGAAAGCGAACUGUGUACGACGCACGGAUAUACAUCUCAUCCUCGACCGCCACCAGCAGCAAGUGCACUAAAGGCAGCUAUCUUGAGUUCCUCAUCAAUGGCAAAGUGCCCGCGACCGCUGACACACGUGCAUCUCGUGUCUGUCCGUCAAGACGGCCUCAUCCACUAACCACCGAACAAUUGAAACGUCACCUUCGAGUGCAGUGUUGAAGUGAUUAGUGCAUCAGAUCUGCAUGAACUUAAGUGUGAGCGUGAGCAGGUGUGCACUCUUCGAUCUGGAUCAUUCGGGGGGAUUUGCCUCCUCGCCCUGGGCGGCAGCAGUAUUGGGGCACCAUCACACGGCAGCCGCGGCGGCGGUCGCUGCAGCUGCCUCCACGAUGAUCCAAACUGGAGAACACCAUUCGUACGGCCCGCCGCACCACCCCACAGGACCUAUGGACCUCCACAUGUCCCAAGCCUUCCCCUAUUACAGAUACAGAGACGACGCGUUAUGCUGGGCCGACAGAGACGCAUUUAAUCGGUUAAUGCGGCGAUAUUUAUCAAUUAAUUGUCUCGGUAAAUUAGGCAAUCCUGCAUCGAUCAAAAAGGCAACAGCCAGAAGCAACAUUGCUCCAGCAAAGAAGCUGCUCAGACGGAGUGAAGUAAGGCCAGACAUAGUGCGCGUUCUGCGCGCGUGCCGCAAACAACAUUGA